ACUGGAUUUUCAAAUGUAAAAAUAAUUUGUAUUAACAUUGCAGUGACAUUUUGAGGAUAAUUCACCUGAAAUUGUUUCACAAUGGAAAAACUAUGAUAAUAAAAAGCAAGCCUUUAUUUUUUUUUAAUUCUGUGAAAUAUGCAGAUAUAUCUGUUUUUUAUUAUCCAAACCUCUUACAGCAGGACAUAACUUGCAAAAUCAUGCCCAACCGCUACAAACAACACAGUUUAGUUCUGUUAAUUGUAUUGUUGGCUUUGCAAUUGUUUGCCUGUAUACCCAAGUGUAAAGUAUCUUGCUUAUAAUAGUUUUAAUGGUGCUUUUGGAAGGUCCCAAGGUAGAGAGAGAUGAGAUUAUUAAAUUCGCUGGAGAUCCAACUGCCUCCUGUGACCAUUUACCCACCACACCUGGGUUUUUGUUGUCCAUGUUCAUGCUAAAAACUGCAUCUUGUGCACGUGAACAAACAUCUUUAGGAAGCAGUCUCGGGGGAAUCAAUGCAAUAUACAAUACUAAUGUGAAAUGGAGAAAAGAUCUGAAGUUCUGCGAGUCUUGUCAGGUUUCAUAGACGCAGCUGAACCAUGAACAACUCUUCGAAAUGCUGCACAUACGAUACACCCAUGUUGGACCAGGUUCUACCCCCUGUCAUGUUCACGGAAUUCACGUUGGGCCUUGUGGGAAACGUCCUCGCCCUCUUGCUGUUCUUCUGCCAUAGGGACACCUGGAAGCCCAAUUCUAUUUAUCUAGCCCACCUGGCUUUGGCGGACGCGCUGGUCCUCUUCUGUCUGCCUUUCAGGGCUGACUACUACCGCAGAGGGAAGGACUGGGUGUACGGAGACGCUUUUUGCCGCAUUCUUCUCUUUCUCUUGGCCGCCAACAGGGCUGCUGGAAUAUUCUUCCUCACUGCCGUCGCCGUGGACCGCUACCUGAAGAUCGUCCACCCUCUCAACCGCAUCAAUCGAAUGGGUUUGCGCUAUGCCUCGUGGGUCUCUAUUGGCCUGUGGGUUCUUAUCAUAUCCAUGACCGUCUACCUCUUAACAGACCCACAUUUCUACUUUCAAGGCAACCGCACUCAGUGUGAGAGUUUCAACGUCUGCUUUGGGAAUAACGUACGAUUCAACUGGCACAAUGUCUUCUAUGUUGUUCAGUUCUUCGUGCCCACGUGCAUUGUUACCUACUGCACGACCUGCAUUACGUGGCAGUUGAAGAGUAAGACGGUGGACACGCAGGGUAAAAUCAAGAGAGCCGUCCAGUUUAUAUUAGCAGUGGCUUUGGUUUUCAUUAUAUGUUUCUUUCCUAGCAACAUCUCGCGUAUCGCCAUGUUUGUCCUGAAGCUCUGGUACAGCGAGUGCGAAGAUUUCCGUGACUCAAACGAGGCUUUUAAAACGACCGUCUGCUUUACCUACUUCAACAGCGUGCUCAAUCCCAUAGUUUAUUACUUUUCCAGCCCUGCUCACAGUGGAAUAUUUAAAAGAUUCUGUAUGAAACUUCAAGGAAAGAAAACCGAGGAAGACGAUGAUGAAAAGAACAAUAAUAGUCCUCUUACAGUAUCAUCUACUGCCUCUUUGACAAGUUAGCAAGUGUUCAUGUAGACGUGGUUUCACAUUUUAAUCUUUAUGCUUUGUGAGAGAUAUUUAUUUAUAGAAAUAAUAGUUAACAAUGCAUGCUGUCUAUGCAACGUCUAUUUGUGACAGUCUUAGUGGCUUAAUAAAAAGUUGAACAGAAGAACAGUCUUAAUCUGAAAAUAAAAAUGCAUCCAUUUUGUAGUUAACGAUGUUUGGUUCUAAUAUUAAAAAUGGUUCUAUAUUACUGUUAUUCAAUGCUGUUGAUAGGAAAUUGUUGACUGCACUAACAACAUUCCUCUAGAUCAUAGAUACAAUGAAUUCUCUGUAACUGGACAAAGAAAUAAAACAGA